GUGACGUAUGGGUUCAGAGUUCAAACACACGCCUCCUUUACACGCAUGGUAAACUGGAUCGGAAAGGCUCAAUGUUGUUUCGAAGUAAACCUAGUGAUAAACAUGUGUGUUUGUGAGUUUGUGUCAGUCUUUGAAUAGAUGAAUGUAUGCCACACGACAGAACCUCUCUUAAAAGGAAACUCCUCUCUUGAAUGUUGAGUUGGCUAGCUUGUUAUGCUAGCUGGCUAGUAGUGCUAACUCAACUUUGUGAAAAAUGAAGACUUCUAACGGCAACACGAACAUAAUGGACAUGUUUGAGAAGGGAAAAGUCUUAAAAAUAUGUGCCCCAAUGGUUCGAUAUUCAAAGCUUGCAUUCAGGUCCUUAGUGAGGAAAUACGACUGUGACAUCUGCUUCACACCAAUGAUAGUUGCUGCUGAUUUCUUGCGAUCUGUCAAAGCCAGAGACAGUGAAUUCACCACCAGUGAGAGUGACCGGCCCCUCAUUGUGCAGUUUGCUGCCCAUGAUGCCCAGUCUCUGGCGGAUGCAGCCUCUGUGGUCGCUCCUUUCUCAGAUGGAGUUGACCUGAACUGUGGCUGUCCCCAAAGAUGGGCAAUGUCAGCUGGGUAUGGUGCAUGCCUCAUCAACAAGCCUGAGCUUGUGAAAGACAUGGUCAGAACCGUCAGGGACCAAGUGGAUAAUCCAAACUAUUCAGCAUCCAUCAAAAUAAGAAUUCACAAGGACCUGAGGCAGACCGUGGAUCUGUGCCAGAAGGCGGAAGCAGCCGGUGUGUCGUGGAUAACAGUCCACGGCCGUACUUCAGAAGAACGCCACCAGCCAGUCCAUUAUGAUGCCAUAAAAACAAUCAAAGACAGCGUAUCCGUCCCUGUCAUAGCCAAUGGGGACAUCAAAUACCUCCGGGAUGUGGAGUCCAUUCACCAGCUUACUGGUGUUGAUGGUGUUAUGGCUGCGCGGGGGUUGCUUUCUAACCCUGCCAUGUUUGCUGGCUAUGAGGACACUCCCCUGGAGUGUGUAUGGGACUGGGUGGACUUAGCUAUUGAGCAGGGAACUCAAUUCACUUGCUUCCACCACCAUCUGAUCUACAUGCUGGAAAGAGUGAGCUCCCAGCCUGAAAGGAAAGUGUUCAACUCUCUGUACAGUACCUCAGCCGUAAUAGAUUACCUCCAAAACACAUACGGGUCAGUGAAAGAUCUCGGUUAAUGGCGAUGUGUUGCUUUUGUUUUUAGCAUUUGUAUUUUAUUCUUUUUAUGACAAAUAAAUUCAAUUCUUGAGCUGUACCACUGAA